AUGGUGUCCUCGAUCAUCCCUCCAAAGGUUGCCUCACCCAACGCCAUCGGCGGCGCUGCCGAUGCCGCGCGCAUGCAAAAUGUCGUCGGUUUCUACGAGAAGCUCCCACGCGGCGCUGCCCCAGAGCCCAAGGCACGGGGUUUCGCCCAGUGGUACCAGUACAGGUACAUGGGCUCGAAGGCUUCUCCAAUGCCAAUUGUGCACGCGGUCGGCGCUCUGAUUCUUCUUGGAUACGCUCAGAACUACUACUUCCAUCUCCGUCACCACAAGAACAACGCCCACUAG